AUGGGAUUUGGAUCGAUCAGGAAUCGACGCUUUCCCGGCGGCUGGUCGAACGGAUGCCAACCUGCGAGCAAUCCAUACAAAAAUUUACUUCAGACCAUUGAAAUCAGAGGAAAACAGAAACACUUUUUCAAUGUUACUGCUUUUGGCGAAAAAUAUGAUAGGCUGCCUUUUUCUAUAAGGGUUCUUCUUGAGAGUGCUGUUAGGAAUUGUGAUGAGUUCCAAGUUAAAAAAGAAGAUGUUGAGAAGCUGAUGGACUGGGAAAAGAAUCAAGCAAUAGAAGAGGGUGUGGAAGUUGCAUUCAAACCUGCCAGAGUUAUUCUUCAGGAUUUCACUGGAGUACCAGCAGUUGUUGAUUUUGCAGCCAUGAGAGAUGCUGUUAAAAAGCUAAAUGGAGAUCCUGACAAAAUCAAUCCAGUCUGUCCCUCAGAUCUAGUGAUAGACCAUUCUGUUCAAGUAGAUUUUAGUAGAAGUGAAGAUGCUAGUAAAAAGAAUGAAGAAUUAGAAUUCGAAAGAAACAAGGAAAGAUUCAUGUUUUUGAAGUGGGGGGCUAAAGCAUUUGAAAAUAUGUUAAUUGUACCACCUGGCAGUGGUAUUGUUCAUCAAGUUAAUUUAGAGUAUUUGGCCAGAGUAGUGUUUGAUAUGAAUGACUACCUGUUUCCUGAUAGUGUGGUGGGUACCGAUUCGCACACUACUAUGAUUAAUGGUCUUGGUGUUCUUGGCUGGGGUGUUGGAGGAAUUGAGGCUGAAGCUGUUAUGCUGGGACAAGCUAUUUCUAUGCUGAUACCUAAAGUUGUAGGUUAUAAAUUGGUUGGUGAAUUAACUCAAUAUGUCACAUCUACUGAUUUAGUUCUUACAAUUACAAAGAAUUUGAGACAACUUGGUGUUGUUGGUAAAUUUGUGGAAUUUUUCGGCCCUGGAGUGUCGCAAUUGAGCAUUGCUGACAGAGCAACCAUUUCUAACAUGUGUCCUGAAUAUGGAGCCACAGUUGGUUUUUUUCCCGUUGACCAUCAGAGUUUAAUUUAUCUUCGUCAAACUAGCCGUUCCGAGGAGCACAUCGAGAGAAUAGAACAAUAUCUGAAGUCCGUGCGAAUGAUCCGCAACUAUGAUGAUGCCAAGCAAGAUCCUGUUUUCUCGGAAGUUGUCACCUUGGACUUGGCCACCGUUGUUUCGAGUGUCAGCGGACCCAAAAGACCACACGAUCGAGUUUCCGUUAGAGACAUGAAGAAAGAUUUCAAUACUUGCCUCACCAACAAGGUCGGGUUUAAAGGUUACGGGCUGAGCGGGGACAAGGUGAAGGCCGAGGGAGUAUUCCAAUUCGAGGGCAAGGACUACAAGCUGCGCCAUGGCUCCGUCGUUAUUGCCGCCAUCACCAGCUGCACCAACACGAGCAACCCCAGCGUCAUGCUGGGAGCAGGUCUGCUGGCGAAGAAGGCAGUGCAAGCCGGUUUGACAGUGGCCCCUUACGUGAAGACGUCGCUGUCGCCAGGCUCGGGCGUCGUUACUUACUAUCUAAAGGAAAGCGGCGUCACCCCCUAUCUCACGCAGCUUGGCUUCGACAUCGUCGGCUACGGAUGCAUGACGUGCAUCGGCAACAGUGGACCGCUUCCCGACUCUAUGGUCGAGGCUAUCGAGAAGAACGAGUUGAUUUGUUGCGGUGUCCUUUCUGGAAAUCGUAAUUUCGAGGGUAGAAUUCAUCCAAACACACGAGCAAAUUAUUUGGCAUCGCCUCUUUUAGUGAUUGCCUAUGCUAUUGCUGGAACUGUUGACAUUGACUUCGAGACGGAGCCGCUUGGACACCGAGCAGACGGCAAAGAAAUUUUCUUACGCGAUAUCUGGCCUACCCGCUUAGAAAUUCAAUCUGUUGAACAGCAAUACGUUAUACCAGCGAUGUUCAAGGAAGUGUAUGGAAAAAUUGAGAGAGGCAGUAACAAUUGGGCCAAUUUAGUUGCUCCAAGUGGCAAACUCUAUCCAUGGGAUGAGAGCUCUACAUACAUCAAGGAUCCUCCUUACUUUGAAGGCCUUACAAGAGAUCUGCCACCGAUUAAAUCUAUCAAAAAUGCACGAAUUCUUCUCAAUCUUGGUGACUCAGUGACCACAGAUCAUAUUAGUCCGGCGGGAAGCAUUGCUCGCAACUCUCCUGCUGCCAGAUAUUUAUCUAAGAAAGGAUUAAAUCCAAAAGACUUCAAUUCCUAUGGGUCUCGCCGAGGGAACGAUGCGGUUAUGGCUCGGGGAACUUUCGCAAACAUUCGUUUAUUGAAUAAGUUCAUUGGUAAAGCUGGACCAAGGACUAUCUACAUUCCUACAAACGAAGAGAUGGAUGUUUUUGAUGCCGCUGAAAAAUACAAAGCUGAUGACACUCCUUUGGUUAUCCUAGUCGGCAAAGAGUAUGGUUCAGGAUCGUCUCGCGAUUGGGCGGCCAAAGGUCCUUACCUUCUCGGUAUUCGAGCAGUAAUUGCUGAAUCGUAUGAGCGUAUCCACCGUUCCAAUCUCGUAGGAAUGGGAAUUAUCCCAUUGCAAUAUCUGCCAGGUCAAACAGCAGAAAGUCUUGGACUCACUGGUCAAGAAACUUUAGACAUUGACGUUCCAAAAAACUUGCAGCCUGGGCAGAAAAUCCAAGUUAAAACUGAUAAUGGUCAAAGCUUCGAGGUGAUCGUCAGGUUUGAUACGGAAGUCGAUCUCACAUACUUCAAGCACGGCGGUAUUCUGAAUUACAUGAUUCGUAGUAUGAUUUGAGAG